CUCUUAAUCACAAAACUGUUACUCGGCCGCAGACAAUCUGCGACACCACGCUUUGCUCCUGUUGCGCUGAGCAUCGACUGAUAUACGAUGGUGCUCGGACGCGUCUUCCACUACGCACUCGACGCGGUUCUCAUCUCGACCGUCGUCGCGGGGGUCAGACGAUCAAGCGGGUUUGCACCCGACACAAACGCCAUUUCUGAACCCACCUUGCGUUCUACCGCAGAGCGGUUCCUCGGCAUUGGCGAGACGAUAUUCGAUAUGAUCCAAGGAAGUGCGGUCAAUAGCGAUUACUUCAAGCGCGAAGCCAGGCGAUGAUCUGCCUGUUGCCUCCACAUAGAGCGGGGAUCACAGUGAGACGGGUGAAGGGAGGCGUGAUAGGGGAUGUGGCACUUUGGAGGUAAACUAUCCUGUUGCUGUUGAUAUUGUACGAUUUGGUUCGGUCUUCUAGUAUGGUCACUUCCGUUUUCUCGUCCUGGAACCUGGAAUAUAUGCAACAGACGAGAAGCUAGUACGGUGUAUAUAUAUUGGAUGAUCGUUCUGAUUACGUAAUCUAUCGUCACCGCCCUUCGCAGUUCGCA